AUACUACGACGUCGUUUACAUCCCUCAGGAAACCCUAACCUCACGACUUCACUGCUCACUCUCUGGCUCUCUGCUUCGUGCCUCUCAGAUCUCUCUACUCAGACUCUCAGAGUCUCCCACUCUCCCUCUCGCAGUCUCAGCUCGUCUCCGCCCCUCAGAUCUCUGUAGGUUAUUAACUACCCAUGCUCACCCCUACCCACAGACAGACGAAAGCUGCCUCCAUUCUGCAACGAUUUCUGGGCAAAUUUUCAUCUGUUGUCUAUUGACUAUAUGAUGCCGUCACCUCUGGCCUCUGGGCUUUUCUGUUGCUAAGAAGCUGAUAUUAUCGAAGGUGGAGAAUAUAAGAUUUAUCAUUAUAGGAAUUCACUGGGGAAAUAAAGAUGUCUAGGUUUCGUUCACUAUUGCAAGCUUCCCUUACUGCAACAAAAAGAGCACUUACAUGGAACCUUGAAGACUUAAUUCCUCCGAGUGAAAGAUAUAUUUUCAAUUUCAAUUCGAAGGAUGAACUAAAAAAGUGGCAUUUGUAUUCAGAUUCUGAAUAUGGAGGUCUUUCAUCUGCAUCUCUGGAGAUUAAAGAUACUACUGAGGGAUCUAGCACUGUUGGGGUAUUUUCUGGGAACCUCUCUUUGGAUGUUGCCGAGGGUUCAACAUGGAAUAUGACUAGAAGUGGCUUUUGUGGAAUGCGGUCUAAAAAGUUUGAUGGCUUCAUUGAUUUGGACGCAUAUGACACAAUAGCACUCAAACUCAAAGGAGAUGGGAGGUGCUACAUCUCUACUAUUUACACACAGAAUUGGGUGAAUUCUCCUGGGCAAGAGGAAGAUAACUCAUGGCAAGCCUUUGUGUUUGUACCUAAAGACAACUGGUACAUAGCUAAAAUACCCCUUUCCAGGUAUGUGCCAACGUGGAGAGGGAACUUAAUAAAUGCAGAGCUGGAGAUGAAUCCUUCUCGAGUUCUUGGCAUGUCUCUAUCUGUGAAUGCAGAAGGCGGAGUACCAGGCGCAAAGUCUGGGGCGGGCGAUUUUCAUGUGGAAAUUGAUUGGAUCAAAGCCUUGCGAACAGAAUGAGGAAGACUGAAGUAACUUUUAGAACUUGGAAACCGGAGUUGCAAGGAAGGGAUGAAACUUCAAUAUUUAUGUUUCCUUUCAUAUGCACUCCAUUUUGUGAUAGUAAUAAAAUAGAUGGUUGAGGUUUUUUUUUCUUUUUUUUGGACUAUUGUGUUUACACAUGUAAAUCCAAGAUUCAAUUUUGCUUUGCUUUGGGAUAUAAAAACAGCCCAAAAAUAAUUUUACAAAGGAAAAAAAAAAAUAAAGAAGCCUUAAUGUCAUUGUUAGUUGUUACUGUGGUUAAAA